AUGGACCAAGGGCCUGAGAGCAAGCGGCCCCGUCUUUCGGCUGGCUCGUCAUGGUCUGCGGCUCCCUCUCAUCAUGGUGUCUCCCUCCCCAAUCCCGCGGCGCCUCCGACCUCUCACCACCCCACGCCUCCAGGCCAAUAUCAACCCCCUCCUCAUCCCUUCUCUCGCCCCUCGGAUCCCCAUCCUCCUCCUCCUCCUCUACCACCAGCGCCCCAGCACUACGAUGGCCACCGCCACCAUGAACCAGACCACUUCCCUCCCAUACAAGAGCAUCGACAACCUCCUCCCUCCCCGGCGCAUCCUCCUUACUCGGCCUACCCUCCGCGAGAUCCCAUGGUGAAGCGCGACCCUGCCGAAGACACCCUGCCCCAGCUGCGCCGACCUCACUCGACCGGCAACGUGCCCGAGAUGCCCGGCACCCCUCAUGGCCACCUCCCCCCGCAGCCGCACACCGAAGAGAGACGACACAUGAGCUUCGACGCCGGGCCGGCGCCCCAUCCGCCCCCUCCAGCCCAGAUGUACAGACAGCACGACCCCAGCUACCCGCCGCCCACGCCGGGUCCCCAGCCGCAGCCCUACGACUACGCCAUGUACAAUGGUCCGCACGACCAGAUGUACCCCAUACAAUACUCGACCACGGCGAAGCGGAAGACGCAGCGGGCAUCGCAGGUCGCUCAAGGCCAAGUGCGACGAGACGAAGCCCUGCAAGAAUUGCAGGGAGAAGAACAUCGAGUGCAAAUAUCGAGAUCCUGUGCCAAAAGCACGACGCCUCCUUUGCUGACCGGGCUAUACAACCCUCUCCCCCCAUCUAGGCAAGACAAGAUUAGUUCAGAGAUUCUGGAGGGCAUUGAGAGACUGGCGAGCGCGCAUAGAGACUUUAGAGGUGACGUUGACAAGCGACUGAUGAGGCUGGAAAGGGUGUUGAGCUAUCUCCGUCCUGGUGUCGAGUUUGACCACGAGUUGCCCACUGAGGAUCAUUUCAAACACAUCAAGGAGCCAGGAUCGCCCGCGGACGAAAAGCACCGCGACGAGAUGUACGACUCGCCCGAAGAGGUCCAGCCGGCUGCAGGGAGCAGUGCGCCUUCCGCGGGCGUCCCGUUGACCCUGGACGAGGCGCAUCGGUUGCUGCGGCUCGCCAACACCGAGGACGAAAUGGAAAUCGUGCCCGGCCCUCCGGUGGCCCCAGGCGAACCUGCCAUGCCCGUGCACCACACGACUUUGGCCGGCUUGCUCCUCACGUGGCCGCCUAUCGCCAAAAAGGUCGGUCGCCUCCUGGAGAUCGAGGGCAUCAAGUAUCCGGGCGAGUACCCGAUUCGCCAGGAAGAGCAGCGCGGGCUCUUGCGGGUGUUUGGCCGUGGAGAAGGACUGGAGAAGAGCAAAGUCGACAAGGACACCCCCGCAGACUAUGGCCAGAUCGGUGCGUCGCAUGCCGAUAUUUCGGACGACAUGUCUGAUAUCUCAUCGCCGUCACCGGGCGAUGUCUGGGGCCAGACGGGCGGUCUUAGUCCGCCCAACUCGGUCGAUCUGAAGGGCGGUCCUCUUCGCUCCAACGGCGAUCUCAACUUUGAUCACAAUGAGGUUUGGAAGUACGUCAAGAGCUUCGAAGACAACAUCCAGAACAUGCACCCCCUGAUCCCGCCCAAAGAGCUGCAAGCCAUGACCAGGCUGUUCCUGGAGACCAUCCCCACGAGCAACACCAAGAUCAAGACGACGGCGCCCCCGCAGGCGAGAUUCGUACCUAUGCCCGACCAGCAUGUGGAAACGGGCAACAAGAGGAAGAGAUCCCCGGCGGCCGGUGCGGACAUCCCGGAGCCGAUCAACACGCCGCAGAAGCCCGGAAAGCCGUUUCGCAGCAUGGACACGGCCCUGAUCCUCUGCGUCCUGGCCCUGGGCAAGAUCUGCCUGCACAAGCACGGCAAGCUCCCCGAUGUUGUGGCCGAGAGCGAGGCGCCCAGCCACCAGUCGCCCGUUGCGCGCAAUGGACACCCGGCGUCGCCCAGCCAAGGCUCGCCCCCGGGCUAUCAGACGCACUCGCAGUCCUCGGGGCUCCCUUCGCCGCGCGGUGACGACCGGACCUCGAUGAGCCGGAGGCCCUCUUUCCAGGGCCCGCCGCCGACGCCGGCCCGGGGCAGCCACAGCAUGAAGAGGAACCUGGACGUCAUUCCCGGCCUCGAAUACUUUGCCGUGGCCACGGACAUCAUCGGCAACCACAUUGGCGGGAAGACGCUGAAACACGUGUGGGUCAGCAUCUUCGCCGGCCUCUACUUUGGGCAGCUCGGCCGGCCGCUCCAGAGCCUGGAGCACAUUGCCAUGGCGGGCAGGACGCUGCAGAGCCUGUUGAGACCCCAUCUCGACCGCUUCCAGCGGUUGAACCCGACGCUCGAGAAGGUGCACUCGCGGAGGGAUAACCAGCUCGUCUUUGCCUUUUGGUCUUGCUUGCAGCUGGAGAGCGAUAUCCUUGCCGAGCUGCAGCUGCCCCCGUCUGGCAUCCUGGCCUACGAGGACAAGAUGCCGUACCCGAACAACCAGGUCGCCGAGCUGUACGGCUUCACCCCGGACGUGCUCGAGAGCUACUCCGCCCAGCUCUUCCUCCGGAAGCGGCUCAACGAAAUCCACAAGGCCUUCUACGACGCGUCAAACCCGAAGCAGGACCGUGGGCCUAUGGAGAAUAAUCCCACUUUUGCGUCCCUGCAGAGCUCGCUCGAACCCCCCAAAUGGGUCCCGCCGCACUUUAGGUUCACCGACGAUGAUCCUCCGGCCACCGACAUCUUGUCGGCUCGUCUACGCGCCAAGUACUGGGGCGCGCGGGCCAUUCUGUAUCGGCCGUUCCUGCGGCAGAUCCUGCUCUUCAACCACAGGAUGUCGGAGAGCAACGGCGACCCGUCCAAGGCCAACAACAUGAUCGAGACGAUGCCCGGCGACUACAGGCACGACGUCGACGUGCCGCACCUCCGACCGGACGCGCCGCCCUCGGAGGUCAUCUCGGACGACAUGACCAGGUGUGCGACGCUGGCCGUCAAGGCGCUCAUCGAGAGCACCCGCUCCUUCCACGGGCUGCAGGAGAAGAGGUUCAUCAUCACCAAUGUCUUUGGGACUGCUCACGCGCAAUGGGGCAACCUGCUCAUCCUGGCCGCGGCCAGCGACGACCCGACGGUGGGCCCGCACAUCAACAAGGCGGUCCUCAAGGAGCUCUUCGCGCGCACGAUCGAGUUCUUCGAGCUCGUCUCGCACCCGUCGAGCUCCAUGACGCAGGACAUGAACAUCCUCAAGGGCCUCGAGCGCAAGCUCCUCGAGGAGUGGGGGCCCGAGGUCGUGGCCGCCGACCACCGCGGCGGAGGAGGAGGAGCAACCACCACCGGCUCGAGCUCGAGCUUCUCGAGCGACAGGACGGGGGGCGGACCCCUGCCGCCGCCGCCACCGCCGCCCAUCACGCCGACGUCGUACCCGCACCAGCUGCCGCCCGUCGUCGCCGACGGGGCCCGCGCACAGCAGCACUCGCCCGUCCAGGGACAGCCGCCGCCGCAGCAGUUCCCGCGGCACCCUCCCCCGCCGCCGCAGCAGCAGCACUGGCAGCAGCCGCCGCCGCACCCGCAUGCGCAUGGGCACCCGCACCCGCACCUCCCGCCGCCGCCGCUGCCGCCGCAGCACCUCCCGCCGCCGUACGGCGACAGUCGGAGACCCCCCGAUGGGCGAUGA